CGGGAGAGGAGGGGAGCGAGGAGCGGAGCGAGGAGAGGAGCCGGGGAGAGCCCCGAACUCCGCGCAGCCCCCGCCAGCGCUGGGCGGCAGCCGCGGCACCGCGCCGGGCUCCUGCCCUCCGACAGCUCCCGCUCCGCUGCCAGUGAGGAGGGAGCUGUAGGGGACACGGCUUUAAUUCUUAUUCUUUUCUUUUUUUUUCCAUUUUUUUUUUCUUUUGAGGGGAUGCUGAGAAAGCAAACCAUUCCCCUCCCGUGUAGCACAUUGCCUGGGCGUUCCUAUUAUGGAAGUUAAGUGAGAAACUCUGCAGCUUGAACUGAUUUGGGGAGAGAAAGGGAGAGAGAAAGGGGGUAGGGGGAGGGCGAGAGCGAGAGGAAGGCAAAAUAGCCGAACCAAACCAAUGGUUUUCCUGCAAAGUGCCGGGAAGUUUGUGGAGCACUUUCUAGGAACCAGGUCCUUUCUCACAGUCUCUCCUUGUCUUCCGAAGAAAGAGCUUGCUUUUGGAUUGCCAUGGAUCCUAAAGAGAGUCUUAGACACAUUUGAAUAAUUCCCCUGCUUGGGCUGGAUUGGUGGGAAUUUAGGAAGGAGCGUGUGUGCAAAGCAGAAGCCUUCGGAGCUCACUCGCUGCUUCUCUAAUCUGUAUGGAUCUAAAAGUGUCACAUUCAAGACCUUUGCAUCUCCAGCUUUUGAAUUGAAGAUUUCCCUUUCCACUUUAAGUAGCUGCUAGGAAACUGAAAACUUUUGGACCUACCUCUUACUGGCUUUGGAUACUUUUUUUUUCUUUUUUUUUUUUCCUUUUCCUUUUUUUUUUUUUUUUUUUUUUUUUUUUUUUUUUUUUUUUUUUUUUUUAAUCUCUGUGGAAUUGGUCUCGCAAGCGAUCGGGAUUGUUUUUAAUAUGUCAAAAUGGGUCUGCUGACGCCACUCCUGCUCCUCGGAUUUGCGUUUUUUCAAGUCUAUGGAUCCCGUCUCCGCCAAGAGGACUUUCCACCGCGGAUUGUUGAGCAUCCUUCAGAUGUGAUAGUGUCUAAAGGCGAGCCAACUACUCUGAACUGCAAAGCAGAGGGCAGGCCGACCCCCACCAUCGAGUGGUACAAGGACGGCGAGCGGGUGGAAACGGACAAGGAUGACCCGCGCUCCCACCGGAUGCUGCUGCCCAGCGGAUCUUUAUUUUUCUUACGCAUCGUGCACGGGCGCAGGAGUAAACCCGACGAGGGAAGCUAUGUUUGCGUAGCAAGGAACUACCUUGGAGAAGCUGUGAGUCGCAAUGCAUCUCUGGAAGUGGCAUUGCUACGGGAUGACUUCCGCCAAAACCCCACGGAUGUGGUGGUGGCAGCUGGAGAGCCUGCAAUACUGGAGUGCCAGCCGCCUCGAGGGCACCCCGAGCCCACCAUCUACUGGAAGAAAGACAAAGUCCGCAUUGACGACAGAGAGGAGCGGAUCAGUAUCCGUGGUGGGAAGCUGAUGAUCUCCAACACCAGAAAAAGUGAUGCAGGAAUGUACACAUGUGUGGGGACCAACAUGGUGGGGGAACGUGACAGUGACCCUGCAGAGCUGACUGUCUUUGAGCGGCCCACGUUUCUCAGGCGACCGAUUAACCAAGUGGUGCUGGAGGAGGAGGCCGUGGAUUUUCGGUGCCAGGUGCAGGGGGAUCCCACACCCACAGUGCGGUGGAAGAAAGAUGAUGCAGACUUACCAAGGGGAAGGUACGACAUCAAAGACGACUACACCCUGCGCAUUAAGAAAGCCAUGAGCACGGAUGAGGGAACCUACACCUGCAUCGCCGAGAACCGAGUUGGGAAAGUGGAAGCCUCUGCUACGCUCACCGUGCGAGCUCGCCCCGUUGCUCCCCCACAGUUUGUGGUGAGACCACGAGACCAGAUUGUAGCCCAGGGUCGAACUGUGACUUUUCCUUGUGAAACUAAAGGAAAUCCCCAGCCAGCUGUUUUCUGGCAAAAAGAAGGAAGUCAGAACCUACUCUUCCCAAACCAGCCUCUGCAGCCCAACAGCAGAUAUUCUGUGUCACCAACCGGGGACCUCACCAUUACCAACAUCCAGAGGUCUGAUGCAGGCUACUACAUUUGUCAAGCACUGACGGUUGCUGGAAGCAUUUUAGCAAAGGCUCAGCUGGAGGUUACUGAUGUCUUGACAGAUCGACCUCCGCCCAUCAUCCUCCAGGGCCCCAUCAACCAGACCCUGGCAGUGGAUGGCACAGCUCUGCUCAAGUGCAAGGCCACCGGUGACCCCCUGCCUGUCAUCAGCUGGCUCAAGGAAGGGUUCACCUUCCUGGGCCGGGACCCUCGCACGUCCAUACAGGACCAGGGGACGCUCCAGAUCAAAGCUCUGCGGCUCUCUGAUACUGGGACUUACACUUGCGUUGCCACAAGUUCCAGUGGGGAGACGUCCUGGAGUGCUGUGCUGGAGGUGACAGAAUCCGGUGGAGCAGCAGUCAGUAAAAAUUAUGAUAUAAAUGACCUCCCUGGGCCACCAUCCAAACCUCAGGUCACGGAUGUUACUAAGAACAGUGUCACCCUGUCCUGGCAGCCAGGGACCCCUGGAAGCCUACCAGCUAGUGCAUAUAUCAUUGAGGCUUUUAGUCAGUCUGUGAGCAACAGCUGGCAAACGGUGGCCAACCACGUGAAGAGCACCCUGUACACUGUGAGAGGCCUGCGCCCCAACACCAUCUACCUGUUCAUGGUCAGAGCCAUCAACCCACAGGGCCUGAGUGACCCCAGCCCCAUGUCAGACCCUGUCCGAACCCAAGAUAUCAGCCCCCCAGCACAAGGUGUGGAUCACAGGCAAGUCCAGAAAGAGCUGGGAGACGUCAUUGUACGGCUGCACAAUCCUGUUGUGCUGACACCCACGACAGUGCAAGUCACCUGGACGGUGGACCGCCAGUCCCAGUUUAUCCAGGGCUACCGCGUCCUGUAUCGCCAGACCUCGGGGCUGCCUGCCCCAGCCCUGUGGCAGAACCUGGAGGUCAAAGUCCCCACCGAGCGCAGCGCCGUCCUCGUCAGCCUGAAAAAGGGCGUCACCUAUGAAAUCAAGGUUCGCCCCUACUUCAACGAGUUCCAAGGCAUGGACAGUGAAUCCAAGUCUGCUCGUACCACAGAGGAAGCUCCAAGUGCUCCUCCUCAGUCUGUCACUGUCCUGACAGUUGGGAAUCACAACAGCACAAGCAUCAGCAUCUCGUGGGAUCCUCCCCCUCCAGAUCACCAAAAUGGAGUCAUCCAGGAGUACAAGAUCUGGUGCCUAGGUAAUGAGACUCGAUUUCAUAUCAACAAAACAGUAGAUGCAGCCAUUCGGUCUGUAGUAAUAGGUGGCCUAUAUCCAGGUAUCCAGUACCGCGUGGAAGUUGCUGCAAGCACCAGUGCAGGUGUGGGAGUAAAAAGUGACCCACAACCCAUAAUAAUUGGAGGUCGUAACGAAGUUGUCAUCACGGAAAACAACAACAGCAUAACUGAGCAAAUCACGGAUGUGGUGAAGCAGCCUGCCUUUAUAGCUGGCAUUGGUGGUGCAUGUUGGGUCAUCCUCAUGGGUUUCAGCAUCUGGCUGUACUGGCGAAGAAAGAAGAGGAAGGGGCUCAGCAAUUAUGCUGUCACCUUCCAAAGGGGAGAUGGAGGACUAAUGAGCAAUGGAAGUCGACCAGGUCUGUUGAAUGCCAGUGACCCCAGUUAUCCUUGGCUUGCAGACUCUUGGCCUGCCACAAGUCUGCCAGUAAAUAACAGCACUAGUGGACCAAAUGAUCUUGGGAAUUUUGGCCGUGGAGAUGUGCUGCCACCAGUGCCAGGGCAAGGAGAUAAAACCGCUACCAUGCUUUCUGACGGAGCCAUUUACAGCAGCAUCGACUUCACCACCAAAACCAGUUACAACAGCUCCAGUCAAAUAACGCAGGCUACACCAUAUGCCACCACCCAGAUCCUGCAUUCCAACAGCAUCCACGAGCUGGCUGUCGAUUUACCAGAUCCGCAGUGGAAAAGCUCAAUUCAGCAAAAAAAUGACCUUAUGGGAUUUGGUUACUCUCUCCCAGACCAAGGCAAAGGCAACAAUGCCUUGCUUUACAUCCCUGACUACCGGGUGGCUGAGGGACUGGCUAAUAGAUUGCCACACAACCAGUCACAGGAUUUCAGCACCACCAGCUCCCACAACAGCUCCGAAAGGAGUGGCAGCCUCUCAGGUGGAAAAGGAGGGAAAAAGAAGAAAAACAAAAAUACUGCCAAGCCCCAGAAAAAUAAUGGUUCAACCUGGGCCAGUGUUCCCCUCCCACCCCCUCCUGUGCAGCCACUUCCAGGCACAGAGCUGGAGCACUAUGGGGUGGAUCAGCAAGAAGCAGGAUAUGACAGUGAUGGUUGGUGUCCACCUUUGCCAGUUCAGACCUACCUACAUCAGGGCAUGGAAGAUGAGCUUGAAGAAGAUGAUGAUCGUGUCCCCACACCUCCUGUCCGAGGAGUAGCUUCAUCUCCUGCCAUCUCCUUUGGGCAACAGUCGACUGCAACUCUCACGCCUUCCCCACGAGAGGAGAUGCAGCCAAUGCUUCAAGCUCACCUUGAUGAGUUAACAAGGGCUUACCAGUUUGAUAUAGCAAAGCAGACAUGGCACAUCCAAAGCAAUACACAACCUCCUCAGGCUCCAGUUCCUCCCCUAGGAUACGUAUCUGGAAACCUUAUUUCAGAUUUGGAAACAGAUGUUCCAGAUGACGAUGAUGAUGAGGAUGAUAUUGAAGAAGAAACUGUAGAAAUCAGUAGACCACUAAGAGGUCUAGAGCAUACUCCAGGCUCCAGUAUGGACAAUCUAGACAGCUCUGUGACAGGCAAAGCAUAUUCUUCCUCUCAGAGACCUCGGCCAGGCAGUCCUUUUUCUACUGACAGCAACACCAGUGCAGCUGUCAAUCAGGGUCAGAGGCCAAGGCCCACGAAGAAACACAAGGGCGGACGUCUGGAGCAGCCCCCUUUGCCUCAUCGCCGGGAGGGAAUCACGGACGAUCUUCCACCACCACCCGACCCGCCCCCCGGUCAGGGUUUAAGGCAGCCCAUAGUGCCCGGCCAGCGCGGAGGCUCUGCCGAGAGGAAGGGGAGCUCUCUGGAGAGGCAGCACGCAGCAGCCAACGUAGAUGACUCAAAGAGCUCCCUGGACCGGCCUGCUAGGACAUCACUAGAGUGGCAGCGGCAAGCCCAGGAGUGGAUAAGCUCUACAGACCGCCAAGAGGAUUUCAGGAAAGCCCAACACAAACAAGCCUUCGGAUCAGAAGAGGCACUCGUACCAUAUAGUAAACCCAACUUCCCAUCCCCUGGUGGCCACAGCUCUUCAGGAACAUCUUCUUCUAAAGGAUCAACUGGACCUAGAAAAGGUGAAGUCUUGCGAGGAGGUCACCAACGCAAUGCCAGUGACCUUCUCGAUAUAGGCUAUGUGGGAUCAAACAGUCAAGGACAGUUUACUGGUGAAUUAUAGUAGUUGAGAAGACACAUUGCAAGCUGCUCUGAUGGACCAUCAGGUCUGAACUCAUGGAAGUGAUGACACUAAACAGUGCAAUGAACAUUUUCUUUAUUUAUGUACUAUUAAAAGAACUGUAAAUGCAAUGUAAAGACACACAGCCACACAUAUCCCACAGAUACUUUACUUGUGUUCUUCUCUUUAAUACACCAUCCACCUUAAACUAUUCCUUGUCAGGAGUAUAUAAAAAAAGAAAGAAAAAAAAUCACCCUCCAGGAUUAAAAGGAUUUCCUUCUGUAUAUAAUUUCUUUUGUUGCAUUGCUAUGCAAGCUCACCUUCUUUUUAGCUAUGUUCAUAUUCAUGUCUGUUUUUACUGGUCUGUUGUACUAUAUGUGAAUUAAUAGGCUGUGGUGCCAUAUAUUAACUUUUAAUUGUGUAACUUUUAUGUUUAAAGUUUGCACUGCAAUUUUAUUUGGUGAUAAGCACAAAACUCUACUCCUCAUGACAUGAAGAAAAAAGAGACUGAAUGUGUGAAGAAGGUUUACAUCCUGUAAGCUACUUUGGAUAACGCUGGAUGUAAAGGAGUAUGUUGGGUGGUUUUCCAUUGGGGUGUAGAAAUGAGAAAGUGACAGGCAAAACUGAUGUCAGUGAAGACAUUAGAGACAGAUUUAAACCUUUUAAAAACAAGCAACAUAGUUGCUCUUCCUAUUUAAGAAGGGGUCAGAAGUUGGAAGUGUGAGAUUAAAGAGUGAAAAUGAAAACUAAAGGUAGCAUGAGAUGGCCUAGACCCUUUCACUAGAGUGAUACCCUUAGUAUCUACUUUUAGCCAUCCCAUGCCACUAAGCAAAGGGGAAGAAAAACAAACCUUGCUACAAACAAAAGAACUUAAGGUGUUUCACUAAAGCUGUUUUUAUUUUGCAGUUUUAAAAGAAUUAUUACCAUUGAUUUCUUCAGCCCAAAGCAUAGGAAGGACAGAGAUUUUUCAGGAGAAACAAACCAUAUAAACACAAGGAAUACAUAGUAAAAAGAAUGCAAUUUAUUACUAAGACAUAUUCAGGCUGCUUCCAAAAAAUUGAAAUGUCAGAGUAUCCUAUUUCAUCUUUCCAAUACAUGUACAGUACAAUAGAAGAUAAAGCUGCACCACUGAAAUUCAUGACAUUAAUUGUUUUGAUGCAGUCUACACAACCCUUUUUGUUCCAUACCUGAGGUCUGAAAGAGCUGAAGUUCCAUCAACUAAAUUUGUAGUAAAAUGUUUCAUUUUUGGAAGGAAAGCAAUGGUCAAAUUAUUUUUGGCUUGCAUUAAGUAUAUUUAUGGCAAUACAAUACAUCCAAAAAGUUUGAUAUAAGCAAAGGAAAUCUUUGACCUGUGUUUUAGUGAGUGGCUUCAAACUCUACUAUGAUGAGGAAAUAACGCAUGUUUAUACACUUUUUGAAUAAACCAGACUCUGUAAGUGGACAUUAAUGACAGCAUCCUGUCUCUUCAUUAAUUUUCACAACUUGGUCCAAGUCUUCUUUACCUCUCAAAUCUCAAAGAAUAAAUUCUCAAGCUUUUCUCAGAAUAUUGUGUAUGGCUAACCCACCCAUUACUUUGAUGCUUAAUUUAAAUAUUGCAUCUUACAGCUUAUUUCUGUUAGUUAUCUGACCAUGAACACAAGUUUCCAUUGAAUCCCCUUUUCAUAUAACCAGUCUAUGUUGUUUUAUAUUUUGCCUUGGAGCUCACCAGUAUUAAGAACACUUUUUGUCAUGGCAGAAUUUUAGAAAAGUAAAUUAUGAUGCUAAAUAUGUGUUGCUUUUCAUUUCAUUAACUUGUUCCAUGAUAAGAUAAAACACACCAGCCAUCAGCUAUAACUCAGCACUACUGAGUAUUGAAAAAUGCUAGUUAGCUCCCUUAAGGUCAAGAUGUGUUAUUUAGAAAGUUACAAACAAAAAAAAGUUUAGGAAAAAAGAUAUGAAUUUAUUUACAUAUGUGACCAAUGAGUAUAUGCCAUUUUCCUGCUUGUUAAAACAUUAUAGUUAAAAGCAUAAUUUAAAAAUGUGCAAAAAUGUUCAAGUAAGAUAAAGAAUGCAGCAUAAUUACAUAUGCAUGUUUUUUAUUUUGGUAUAUACCAUAUGAAUAGAAGACUAUUCAGACUACAGUUCAAAUUUAAUUCUUUGGAAAAUAUUUAACUCAGUCACCAAUAGUAGUUUUUUCCCCUUUUAAUUCAAAAGCUUGUGCUGAGCUUUGGUGGAACACCUUACUCACUCUGUUCUCUUCAAAAUUCAGUAUCAUUAGAGGUUGAUAAAGCCAUUCCAAUUACUUUCAAAUAUGUGUUUUAUCUCUUCCACUGGAAAGUAAAUGUGUGUCAGUAUUAAAGCUGUUCAGUACCAUGAUAUUCACUAACUUGUCCAUCUGCUUCUGUACAUUUUUGUUCAUUAAUAAUUUGCUUACAAUAUUACAUAAGGUGUUGUUGUGUAUGGCAAAGUGUCUCCAUUAUCUUACAGGUGAUGUCUCUUCUUUUUCUUUUUAUCUCUCUUUUCUAUACAGUGUACUUCCAAUGAACCACAGUACAUAUUUUUUAAAAUGCCAUUUAAUUUACUAUUUUAAAAGAAGUAUUCUUCUUUUUUAAAAAAAAUGAAAACAUUUAUUGUGAAUAAUGUGUUUAAAGAAAAGGGAUGUUGUGGCAGCACUUAGAAUUGUUUUUUAAUUUGGUUUUUUUAAAACUGUUUAUUGGCUACAGUUUGUUCACGAAAAAGUAUGACCUCUUAAUGUGUUUCAUUGGUAUUGUUAGUGCAGCAAAGUUUAAUUGGCAUAAGAAGUUGGUUAAUAGUACUGUUGAAGUGUGUAUUGUAUAUUUACUGGGGAAAAAAUAAAACAUAUUCACAUUUCAAAUCUAUGUUAAAAGACCUUGAGUAAGGAGUCAAUAUGUGAAAACCCAAACAGGGAAAAUCAGGCAAUAAUAACAUAGACUGAGCUAUAAUCAUCACUGUCCACUUACAGGUGACAAGGAGCAUUUUGUACACUGUUUUUUGAACUAAGCAAUGAGCCAGUGGUAAGCAUGGCCUGUCCUAGGGGUUUCUGCUGAAUGUCCUGUCUCUCCUGGAACAGUUGUACCACUGUAAUUACACUGAUACAGCUCUUCCAGUGAAAAUUCUGCUUGUAGCUGUGUUCUCUGUGUGUGGGGCAAGCACUGCAGGGGCACAGCUGGCUCUGCCUGAAGCCCACAGAGCAGUGGAUGUGGAAAACCUGGUCUGAACCCUCACACCUGGGGCUUGGUACGGGUGGAGCUACUGCCAACCCAGUACAGAAUGCCCCAAAAUGUAUGGAUAGGUCAAUUUUUCUCGAUCUUUGUGCUGAAUACAGGCUCAAUUUUAAAUACAGGAAGGCUGAAGGACCAAAUAAUGAAUUCUUCCAUGUGCUUCAGUGGUGUAUUGCUGUAUGGGCAGCCAUUUCAGUGAUGCAAGGAACAGACAUUUCCUUUCUUGAUGUUUUUUUUUUUUCUCCCCUUUAUUUCUCAGGUACAUAUCCAAGUCAGUAAACCUUUAGAAUACCUUUUGGUUGUCACCUGAAAUGCAAAAGAAACACCAUUCCUUGGGAAAAGUACUAAAGAUAAAGUGUGUGGAAUGUUUUUAAGUGUAUUAAUUUAACUGCACACAAGUGCAAAAGGAAAACAAGACUGUUUGAAAUAAUUAUAUGCUGGUUUAUGCUUGCCUCAGCCCAUGCAUUGCCAGCCAUGAGAAGAGGUGUGUGCUGAGGCUGAGAAAAAGUCCUCACAACUGAAAAGGGAAAGGGAAUAGGGUUGGGGGAGAUUUUGGCAGGAACUUGUAUCUAAGAAAGAUAAAAAAUUACAGGCAGCUCCUUUGGCUUGUCUACAGUUUAUGCAGUUUGGGGUUUUUUUAUGGUUAAUGGCCUUGUGGAGUUUUAGCAGGGGAACUAGAGAGAAAAAAGUCAACCUUUUGUAAAGACUGGGGGGUACUUGUUUGCUGAGGGAGGAUUUUUAAUUUAAUUUUUAAAUUUUUAACACGUGUUUUGUGUUUCAUCUAUCUGGAACACAUUAGCUAAAAAAUAAAUUGUUUUUGAAGACCAUGUGGGCAGCAGACAAUUCAUUUAGGAGGCAAAUUCAAAUAGCAGGAAAAGGGGAAAAAGUAGUACUAAAAUAAGUAACACAUACUGGUUUAGAAACAGCCAAGUCUGCCACAGUUUCACAUGCAAUUUUGAACAGUGCAACGAUAUGUAUAAGCUUCAUUUUGGUUUCCGUACCAAAACUAAUUACCCAAAGUCCAUAGGAGGCCUAGAUCCUCGGGACACUAAAUCUGGUGCUUUGUUUGAAGUGUGUGGUUAACCCAAGCUGGUGAGAGUGGAGGAUGCUCAGGCUGUGUGCAGCCCCAGCCCUGGCUGCCGACCCCGGGAGUCUCCAGCAGAGGAGUCCCCCUGGCUCCAUGGGCUCUGUGGGCUCCAGUGGAUCCCAGGCAGUCAGCACGCAGAGGAAGGUCACUUCUCUGAGGAUGGAGUUUUCAGGGCAGGGAAGGUUUUUGAUCUUGUGGCACCAUGGAGCUCUCCUAGGUGUGUCUCACGUUUUGGGACUGCCCUCCCCCAGCUCUUAGUGCUCUCCUGCUGUGGUCUGUGCACUCAGUGCUGAUGCUGUUCCCUGGAUCUGGGGUGUUUGGUAUGAGGGCUGCAAGAGCCAUGGAGGUGCUCUGCAUGCAUUGAGUGGCUGAAUAUAUGGAUAAAAGCUUUAUUAAUUCAGGGGGACCAGGGACACAGAAGAGUAGUGGCACCAGACAUCUGCCCUGCUGUGUCUAGCUUGUUCCCCUCUUCCUUUCAGGAUUGAGUUCCUUCCUGCCAACACUCCUCCACCCGCAUGAACAGAUACAACUCACAGGUAUCUCAUGGGACCCACAGGAGAUGUAGGACCAUGCCUACAUGCAUGAUGGACUGGUUAUUUGGGGAGAAGUAGCUCUGAGUUCCACAGCUGGUGUGAGGACUAGAUUCCUCUUUAGCCUGACUUGAUUUAACUCUGUAGCUACAUCCAGGAAGACCCAGGCAGAAAACAAGUUCCUAGAGCAGAGCUCAGCAUUGCAGCAUCUCUUCUGGUAUGUGGCUCCUUAUUCAGUCUGUUGUAGGCAGUCCUGAGUUCACUGCUGAAUUCUCAGCACAUCCUAAGGACUCAGAUGGCUUAUGCUGACAUCUAGGCAAGUGAGGUUGUUCCUCUUGCUUUAGCAGAAUGGAAAAACAAACAAAAACCAAAAAAUGACAAAACUUAAACCUUUUACUUCAGCACAAAACUUUAUAAACAAUGUGCAAAAAUCUUAGAAAACCAUAUUUCAGAUGUAUGUUUGACAAUUUUUUUUUUCUUUUUGUUUGUAUUUUGUUUUGGCUACCAUUGAAAUAAUCCAUUUGGUUUUUUUCAGAGAUGUAACACUGUCCAUGCACUGCGCCCCCCCCCCCCCCUCCCCCCCAAUGCAUUUUCCAGCAUUUAUCUUUCAUCUGUAAAGAAGUUAUGGUAAAGAAUAAUGACAUUUGUGUACUUACAUUGUUCUAACUUUAAGCAACAAGGUGCACAGUUGCAUUCAGUUCAAUUGAUCAAAGCCAGAUGGGCACAAAAUAUUUGUGGGUCUUUUUUUCUAAAAAGGUCUGCUAUUUGUGCUGAUAUUUGUUCUCCAUUCAUGCUGAUCAGUGCGUCUUUUGCCUUCAAGGAUGCCAUUAGUAAUUCUCCUUUGUGUUCAAAAGCAGGAAUCCAUUGUGCAGCACUUGGAGAGCCACUCGGAUGCAGGUAAAGAAUAUAAGAGCUUGAGCAAGUGCUAAUUAGAACCAAUUAAAGUUAAUUGACCUCCUUUGGCAGUAAAAUGCAUAAUAGAACUUGCUCUGUCCUUGCAAAAUGGAGAUCUUGCCUCUAAGCAUAGGAGUGAAGCAGGGUUUCAUGUAGCAUCCCGUAGUAAUUAUGUGAGUAUAACAACCAGGAAGCUGCUUGCUACAAUUUGUUCUAAUAACUGAGCUCUACUGUAUCAGGGCAAUGCAAUAAAAGUGAGAUUUCUUCUCCAGUCUAUUUAAAAACCUAAUUUUUACAGAGCAAAUGAGCAUCCCAAGAUACCGAUACUAAUCUCUAGGAAUGAGUUGGCAGAAAAAUAGAGUCCCUUUUAUAGGUAAGUAAUGGUGUGAGCAUAAAAGGCAGUUUUACACCUGCUGGUUGGCAAUAUCCCUGAUGCUCAGAGGUUGCAUCUAUCCUGGGCAGUGGGGGAAGCUCUGGCAGGCCUGCACUGGGUGAAGGAUCUGCCCACAGUUCAGAGGGGCUCCCUGCUGAACCUUGCCAUGAGGUUGCCUUCGGUAGACUUCUGUUGGAAGAGGGGCACUGGCAUCCAUCCAGCUGAGGUUUGUGGUGCUGCAGGACUACACCACUGCCAUGGGCAACACUGUGGACAUGGUCAGAGGUACCCAAAUAAAAGAGAGAGAAAGAGCAGGGGAAAGAAUUAAGGGUAGGAAAUGCAAAAUUGUAUGAAUUCAAAAGCAUCAGUGGUGGGUGCUAAACUAUACAUCGCUGUGAAAAGUUCAAAAGCCAUUUUUAUUAGAAAACCAGAAUUGAUCCAGUUUCUAUGACCAUGCUUUGAUGACUUUUUGCUUGGCAGGAACUGAAUGCGACUGAUUUUGCUGCUAACUUGGCCUUACUAUGAACAGCAAUAAAGGUGUUAGUCAGGUGGGGACUUUGAUGUGACCAAGUAACAUCACUCUCCCUUCAGGGAAUGUUCUGUGCUGGCUUGUUAAUGAAUUUCUUUCCUAAUGAGUAUCAUUAAAAACCCUUUGAUUAGC